AUGGACGAGAAGAGUGAGCCUGUUGAACCACUUUUCAAAUACCUACGAAUAGCAUGUGAUCUUCGUGAGAUUGUUAAGAAUACUAGCAUAAGUUGUAUUAGCGCGACAACAAAAAUAUUAAUCAUUGGAAAUAGUUGGGGCGAUAUUCACAUUCUGGAUCAUGAAGGAAAUGUCAACAGUCAUCAGAAAUUUCCAAAACAUAUAGUCGGUAUUAAUCAGAUAUCAGUUGAUUCAAAAGGCGAAUGGAUUGGAUCUUGUUCUGAUGAUGGGAAAGUUCAUAUUACUUGCCUUUAUGCAGAAGAAAGUGGAGUAUUUCUUAACUUAGAGCGACAGAUCAAAUGCAUUGAAUUGGAUCCAAUGUAUCAUAAGUCAAGCUUAGGACGAAGAUUCAUUUUAGGAGAUUAUCAACUUACACUUUAUGAGAAAACAUUUCUUAAAGGCUACAAGCCAACUGUCCUCAGUGACUCUGAAGGUCUUGUCAAUGCUGUGAAGUGGAAUGGACAAUUUGUUGCGUGGGCAAGUGGAAUUGGCGUGAGAGUUUAUGAUUUGAAUGAAAAGUGUUCCCUUGGACUGAUAAAAUGGGAAGAACCAAAAGUUGGAAAAUUGAGCGACUUCCGAUGUAAUCUGAGAUGGAGAAACGCUUCGACAUUACUCAUCGGAUGGGUGGAUUCAAUAAGAAUAUGUGUGAUACGAAAAAGAAAUUUAAUUGAAGUAUCAACAAGAAAUCUUCCUGGUUUUAUUGUUGAUCCCAUCUCAACAUUCCCAACUGAGUUUUAUGUUUGUGGAUUGGCGCCUUUAGAAAAUAAUCAACUGGUUGUAUUAGGCGUGCCAAAGGAAAGAGAUAACGACAGUAACUUUCAACGUCCAAUUCUAUGUGCAAUCCGAUAUGAAUGUAAUGUAUCUGAAGAACUUUGUACCGAUAGUUUGACAUUAAAAGGAUAUCAAAAUUAUACACCAAAUGACUACAGCUUAGAAUGUUUAAUAGACGAAAAUAAGUAUUUCAUUGUCUCACCAAAGGAUAUCGUCUCUGCAUCGCUUUACGAAAUCGACGACAGAGUAAAGUGGCUGAUUGAGCAUGAAUUAAUUAUGAAAUAUAUUCAAGUCAUAAGUGCCUUUCUUGUGGGAGUGAUUUUUAGUCAUAUAUUCGGUGAAACAUUUUGUGGUUCUAAGAAUGUAGAAAAAAUUGACGAUCAAAAUUAUUUGCUUGUUGUUCUUAUUCUAACCGCGCCUAAAAAUAUUCUGCAAAGAAAUACAAUUCGUGAGACGUGGUUAAACUUGAGACCUAGAGAGUUCAACGGAACUACAUAUCAAAAUGAAAUCAUUUUUGUUCCUAAAACUUUGCCCAGUUCAUUUCUGGAAGUUGAGAAUGUAGAAAAGCAGAGAAUUCAUUUAAUUAAUUAUCAAAAAUGGCUCAAAUCUUCUAAAAUUCCUAAUAUUAAGAAACUUAACAACAAAAUAAAACAUUUGUUCGCUAUUGGAACAGAAGCAAUUGACGAGACUUUACUAAAAGAACUUGAAGCCGAACAAAAAGUUUAUCACGAUUUAAUACUCAUUAAUGACUUAAAAGACUCGUAUAGUAAUUUGACUCUAAAACUUAUUAAAUCACUUCAAAAGCUUCUAAUAACAACGCCAAAUUUCAAAUAUCUUCUUAAAUGUGACGAUGACUCUUACGUGAAACUCGAUUAUUUGUCACAAGAUUUAAUAAAUUAUCAUAUGAAAGUUAACGAGAUAAAGAACAAGAAGGAAACUUUAGAGAAUCUUGGACUCUACUGGGGUUUCUUUAAUGGAAGGGCGAAUGUAAAAACGUCAGGUCAAUGGAGAGAAACCAAUUACAAUCUCUGUGAUCGAUAUCUUCCUUAUGCACUUGGUGGUGGCUACGUUAUCUCGAAGAACAUUGCAACAACAGUUGCUACAUUAGGAGACGAUCUUAUUCGAUACACAAGUGAAGACAUUUCAAUGGGCGUUUGGCUUUCAUCAUUCAGAAAUAUUCAUCGUCGACAUGAUCCUCGUUUCGACACAGCAUAUUUGCCAAGGCAAUGUAAAAAUUAUCAUUUGAUAUUACAUAAAAAAACUCCAAACGAUAUGAGAGAAAUUUUUAAUGGAAAUCAAUGCUUUAGUGAUGUUAAUUACAAUGAAAAGAAACGUCCACCCGAAUAUUUUUAUGAUUGUAUGUUUGAAAAAGCUUUAAACGUGAUAACAGAAAAAGGUGGAAAAUAUACAAAAGUUCAAAUAACUCGUCUCUACGUUGAUCAUUUGUUAAGCCAAGAGAAAUACGAAGAAGCUGCAAAGCUUUGUCUUAGAAUCUUUGAGAAUAACAAAGAUUUAUGGGAGGAAGAAGUUUACAAGUUUGUGAAAGUCAAGCAAUUGCGAUCUGUUAGUCAAUAUCUUCCAAGAACCAACGACUGUAAGCUUAAUCCUCAAGUUUAUGAGAUGGUCUUGUACGAGUAUUUAAAAUUGGAUCGAUUAGGAUUUCUUGAGUUGAUAAAGGAAUGGCCGCCGAAUCUUUACAACACCACAGCAGUCAUCAAUGCUAUUCACGAUCAUUUCGAGAAAAAGGACAAGAAUAUCUUGCUUGAAGCACUCGCAAUUCUUUAUUCACAUGAACAAGAAUACGACAAAGCAUUGACGAUGUAUUUAAAGCUUCAGCACAAAGAUGUUUUUCAGUUAAUUAAGAAACAUAAUCUUUAUAAUGCUAUUCGUAACAUGAUUGUUGAUUUAAUUAAAUUGGAUUGCGAGAAAGCCAUUUCAAUGCUUUUGGAAAGAAAUAAAAUCUCACCGGAAAUUGUUGUCGCUGAGUUGGAAAAUCACGAAACAUUUCUUUACAUGUUUCUCGAUGCUCUUGAUAAAGUGGAUAGUGUUGGGAAGUUUGAUUGGAAGCUCAUCAAUUUAUAUGCAAAAUAUGAUCGUGAUAAGAUGCUUUCAUUCCUUAAAAGAUCACGAACUUAUCCGCUUCAAGAUGCUUACGAGUUGUGUAAAGUGAAUUUGUUUUAUCCUGAAAUGGUUUAUUUACUUGAUCGAAUGGGAGACUCAACAGAAGCUCUGACGAUCAUCAUUAAAAAGUUGAAAGAUGUCACAAAAGCAAUUGAAUUUUGUCGCGAACAUAAUGAUCUGGAAUUAUGGGAAUAUUUAGUGAAUGAAAGUGUUGACAAACCCGAGGUCAUCACAAAACUUCUCGAUGGUAUUGCUGGCUUUAUCAUAAAUCCUGAAAUGCUUAUUGAUAAAAUUCAACAAGGACAAAAAAUUCCAGGACUUAAAAAUGCUUUGAUGAAGAUGCUCAAUGGAUUUAAUCUGCAGGUUUCCGUUCAUGAUGGCUGCAAUCAAAUCCUUCAAACUGAUUAUUUCAAUCUACAUGAGAAGUUGGUGAAGCAACAAGAGAAGGGAAUUUACAUCGGAACACAAUCAAAUUGUUGCUUAUGUCAACGGGACAUUUUAGUCAAAGAUAAAGAUUGUAGUAAAGCGUCUGAUGUUAUUGUCUUCAAUUGUCAUCAUUUCUUCCAUGAAAGUUGUGUUCCCGAGAAAUUCAAUCUUGACUUUUGCGCAAUUUGCAUGUCAAAAAAUAUUUAACGAAUUGUCGCUGAGAUUUUUUUUUUCAAAAACUAUUCUGCUUGUUUUCUGCAUAAUUCAAUAUAAUUAUGAAUGAAACAGCCAUCAUAAGCUUCUUAAUCAUUACAAAUAUUUAUUUUUUAAUCGAAUAAAAACGUUAACACUGCUUUUUCAUACAGAAAUAAAAACGAAAUUGUUUUAAUUCUUAUUAAAAUCGAUGACAACUUUACCACGAAGAUGUCCAUCUUGUACUUUUUGGUAUGCAGCAGGAAGAUUGUCAUAAGAGAAUGUUGAGUCGAUGAUUGGAAGGAGUUUUUGUUUCUCUGCUAAUUUCUUCAGAUAUUGAAUGCCUGUUUGAGCUGGCCAGAAAUAUCCCCAUUUGACUCCUCCAUUUCCAGUUAUGUUGCUGCUUAUCAGGUCACUAACAUUUCUAAACCCACCACCAAUAAUUCCAUGUGAAUCGAAGUUCUUCAGUAAAGGAGAUUUGAAUGUGAUGUAUGAAUUAAACGACCAUGGAAGUGCCUUCGCAUAUUCCGAUCCUUUUCCGGCGCAAUCAAGGAUGAUGUCGUAAGGUGAUUCUUGAAUUAAAAGUUGAUCACAUUCCUGUUCUGUGUAGUCGAUGACUUUUUGAAUUCCAAGAUUAUGAAGAAUUGAGAUUGCGUCAGUUCCACAAGUUGCGCCCACCUCAACACCUUCAACUUGUAACAUUUGUACAGCUAAUGAUCCAACGCCACCAGAAGCACCGAUGACAAGAACUUUCUUUCCAUUUCCACCCCCACCAUCUGAACAAAGACCACCAAUUAAGCCAUUAAGCUGACCAGUUACAAACAAUCCUGACCAAGCUGUUAAUCCAGCAUAAAGUACUGCACUUGCAUCAAUAUCGUUGAGAUUUUCAGGUUUCUUCGAGACAUAAGAUGAAUCAAUUGCGACAUAUUCACAAUGACAACCUUGAUGAUGAACUGGAACAACUCCCCAAACUUUCUCUCCAACUUUGUAAUCACUUGAUUUGAUUUCAAGCCCUUUGUGAAUGAUUUCACCGACGAAAUCUCUUCCCAGUGUCAAAGGAAAUUCAAUGUCACUUGAAUCACAUCGCAUUGUAUUAAGAAGUGUUGAUCCGUAGCCGUUCAUCAUUGCUACGUCAAUAGGAUUCACUGAGCUUGCCAAAACUUUUAUCAACAGUUCUGUCGGUUUUCGAACGACGGGUUUCUUUAACUUCUCUGAAUAUUGCAAUUCGCCGAUGUUAUCAGAAUAUGAAUGAAUUUGCCAGCCACUCAUUCGACUGCGACAUUUUUUGUCUUCAUUAACAGCUGGUGCUUCAGAUAAACUCGAAAAACUUCGUCCAAUGAUAUGCCGUUGAAGUCUACGAAGUACAAUUAAAUUGCGCAUUUUGUAUCAACUUUUUUUACUGUC